AAUUAUGUGACAAAUGAUAUCUAGAAUAAAUUGGAAAUGGAAAAACCAUAAGUUGGAGUCGCAGCACUCAUAUCAACGCUUCCAGAGUUCGUCGUCAGCCGCCACAUACGGUGAGAAACUCCGUCCACCACGAUUUCCGGCCAUCCAUUCACAAUUUAGAAGAAACUCAUGGCAAUGAACCAUUUAAGGUCUGUGAGAUGCAUUCUCAGCACGAGAGAAGCAGUUGCGGUUGCAUAUCAACGAACUUAUGCUACCGGUAAAGCAAAGAAAGGAUCGAAAGGGGGUGCAGCUGCCGAUGGACCCAAAGCGUCUUCUCUCAGCAAAGAAGUCAAGGCAAGUACUGUUGUAGGUGGUAACAUUCUCAAGGAAGGAGCCGAUCCAAAAAUCCUGCCUGAUUCUGAAUACCCUGACUGGUUGUGGCAUCUGCUUGAUAAACGCCCUGCGCUAAGUGAGUUACGUAGGAAGGAUAUUGAUACACUCCCGUAUGAAGAUCUUAAACGCUAUGUUAAGCUUGAUAAUCGAGCUAGGAUCAAGGAGAAUAACUCUCUCAAGGCUAAGAAUUAGUUCAAUCAGAAAGAGAACUGGGGUGGGAUGGUUUAAAGAUCAAAUGGUGUCAGAGGUAUUUCUUUUCAAGUUUUUGUGGUUCUCAGUUUUGUGAGAUUCCUUUGAGUUAUUGAUUACAUUUGUGCAAAUCUUUGAAUGGAAACAAAAUCAAAUAUUUGCUUCAUUUAGGACUUGUGUUUUUCCCCCUACUACUAUACAGUUUGUUUUUCCCUGGGAUGUUUAGUAGAUUAAAGCUGAUUAACUUUAGUUGAAUAAAUGUAACAUAAACAUGUCAUAAUUUACUUUUUUGCCCUACUUUUUGAAGAUUUGAUUAGACCUGUAUUUUCCUUUCCCACAGACUAAAGGUUUGUUGCUUACCAAAUGGUAAUCGUAAUAUUCAAUUUCUUCCA